AUGACAAGCCUCAAGGACCUCUCUCUCUCUCCUCCCUGCCGCACCUGCCCGCCCUGCCCGCCUCCCUCCCUGCCAUCGGCCGUUCUCUCACCAGCCUCGUGGUCAGCUGCAUGCACAUCAAGGCGCUGCCAGAGGAGAUCGGACGGCUGGGAGCGCUUGAAACUCAAGCUCUCACAAUUGCGGGACCUGAAGUCGCUCCCUCGCUCGCUGUAUCAGCUGCCAUGGUUGAAUUCUCUGGAAGUGAGUUCCUGCUUGGCGUUGGAGUCGCUGUUUGGGGAUGAACACACGGGGGAUGCUUACACCGGGGGUGCACACACGGGGGGUGAACACACGGGGGAUGCACACACGGGGGAUGCACACACGAGGGAUGCACACACGGGGGAUGCACACACAGAAGCUGCCGGGCAAGAGCUUGGGGGGAGAAUCACCCGCCUCGAGGUAGCUGGUCACACCGGUAGCAGCAAUGGCGCUGGCAGCUGUGGGGGAUCCGAGGAGAGUGGUACGGGUGUGAUGCUUCCAUCCCUCGAGCUGCCCGCACUGGAGGAUUUGUCCCUGCUCGGGUGCGAGCGGCUGGCUCAGUUACCCGCGGGCCUGCAACAGAUGGGGAAGCUGCAGACACGUGUUGUCAGUAGAUGCCCGCUGCUGUCUACAAGACGAAGGGUGGUGAUCUAUGGUACAUCGAACCUGGACGAGGGAGAGCGUGCAGUGGGUGGCUCGGAGGAAGAUGACUCGGACGAAGAUGAGGAAGAGGAGGAGGAGUGGAGCAAAGGGGAGGAGAGUGAAGGGGAAGAAGGGAGUGAACAGGAGGACGAAGAAGGGAGUGAUUUGUAG